AAUUGGUUGAUUUGCUAAUUGCCAUGCUAUCAUUGGUUGAUUUGCUAAUUAUGACGGACAGUCUUUUGUUUGUCACAUUGGCUUCGUUUUCGGUCUGUCCGCUGUGUGGAAAAGGUGCUCCCCUCUUUAGGCAGUGGUAUAGUCAAAAUGGCGACCAAAGACGAAAUGGGCGAGUUUUCUCCACAGAAUUCUUCAGAUUUCUCCGUUCCCCCGGUCUUCAGUGACCAUGAGUUCCUCUCGUCGCCAGAGGAAAGUCCAAGGAGACUUUGGGAUGCAGGAGACGCAUUCUCUCAGGGGGCGUCGGUGUACCACGACGUCCACUAUGACAACAAAAACACUCAGCGUGCCAUGAAGAGCGCAGUUGUCACCUUUCGGGACUUCUUGAUUGACAGCGGCCUCAAUCCCGCUUUCGAGGACCUGCCUCCCGAAAAGUUGGACACCGCUCUCACCCUUUUCUUCAGCAACGCUCGCAAGCGGAACCGCGAGCUCUACAAGUGGUCGACGUUCAGCGGUAUCCGUUAUGGGAUUUAUCGACACUUGCUGUCCAGGGUCCCGAGCGUGGACAUCAUGCAUAAUCGGGACUUUGCUGGCUCACAGCAAGCCUUUAACGAGAAACUUAAGAUGAUUAAGGAAGCAGGAAAAGGUGAGAUAAACCACACCCCAACAAUGACACCCGAGGACAUGGAGAGACUGUACCUGAGUGGAGUGAUGAGCACAGAUAAUCCGCAGGGCCUACAGAGGAAGGUGUUCUUUGAGCUGCUCUACUUUCUACUGAAGCAGAAACGUGGCCACGUGCUGAGAGAUCUUAUGAAGGACGAUGUCAGGUUUGCCGUCAACCAAACAGGAAAAUGGUAUGCCUAUAUAUUGAAAAAUGACUGCAGCGAAGGAAUCAGUCUAGAAGAGCAUGAAAAGGUGUAUGAAAUCCCAGGUUGUCCAUUGUGUCCAAUCCAGUCUCUUCUAAAGUACAAAAGCAAGCUGCAUCCGGCAUGUGAAUUCCUAUUCCAGAAGCCCAAGAAGCUCCCCACAGCAGAAGACUCGGGUACUGCAGGCACAUUUGCUGAUGACCCUGUCUGGUAUCACGACAAGCCAACCGGUAAAAAUUCCCUCAGCCAAAUGAUGACUUCCAUGGCUGAAGACGCUGGACUUUCCCAGAUGUACUCCAAUUCUAGCAUCCGGUCUUGUGCUGAGAUGAUCGACGGCCAACUGACGCUUCAACUAACUAAUCUCUUGAAGAAGAUCUCAUCAAGAGCAUCACACAAUGGUCCCAGGACAGUUCCUUGUGGAACCCCACAAUUAGGUGGCUCAAAUUCCAGCUUACCCCAAAUGUUUGCCACCUGUACACCCAGCAGUAACUACACUGUUAUGGACCCACAAAUGUUCCCACCACAACCACAUCAACAUGUCUCCAAUCCAGAACCAUCCUUGUCUGAAAUUAACCAAAAUUCUGCAGUUUCUGUUUUACGUUCUUCCCAAAGUACUUCUCAUUCAUACAACACUGUUUCCAUGUCACAACCGUCUUUGCAUGAGACCACAUCAACUAUUGAAGGCAACAGUCCUUUCAGUUGUGAAACAUCAAGAUCUAGGGAAGUCGGUUUUCCCGCGAGGUGCCAACCGUCAUCGUGUGCCUCUAGGAGUACAUCUUCUUGGAGCACGUCUCUACGUGAAUGUAGCAUAAACCAAGGGGGUUCUACAGUUAGCCAUCACUGUAACACAGACAUUUCUGUGCAACAGCAAGAAACUGCACAGAGCUGUGCAACAGCUUUGGAGCAGCCUAGUUUUGUGCAACGUUCCACAACAACUGCUAAUCAGGAAGCACUAGCAAGAACUGCGAAUGAUGCCGCGAGAAAUCGUCCGUCAAACUACGCCGAGCAACUACUCAACCAACUAAACCAACAACGAAGAGAGGGAAGGAUGUGUGAUGUCACCGUGACUACAGGAGGACAAAAAUUAACAGCUCAUAAGGGUGUACUGGUCGCAGAAUCGAAAUACCUCAAAAGCUUUUUUUACAGGGAAGGCGAAGCCAGGGAGGUAGACCUUCCCUCGCCAUUGGCCGGUGGAGUGCAGUCUUUGCUAGACUACAUGUAUUCGGGGACUUUGGACCUUAGACAGGACAAUGUGAAUGAAGUCUUCUCAGCCGCAAGCUUUCUACAGAUGGAAAGAGCAGUUUCUCUGUGUCUGGAGUUUCUGGAACGUACUUGCCAAAGAUAGUAUCUAUGGUCAGGGAAAGGAGUCUAAUAUAUUUAUUCAUUUCAGAGAAUUCAGUAUACUUUUGGAUGACUUCUUUGUGGAAAGGUUUUGAAUAGGCCAGUAAUGUAUCACUCAUGCUUUGUGUACUAGAUAUGUAACACAUAUUAUAUGUCUGUGUUGUGACAGGUGAUGCUAUAUGUAUCUAGACAGUACAUAAUAUUAUGUAUGUCCAUAUCAGUGUAAACAUUAUACAUAUGAAGACAGGUCUACACUGCACUGCAUCAAGCUAUAUAUAUUAUGUGAUUGAAGGUUUCUUAAGUAAAAUAUGCUACUAGUAAGGCAAAUGAUAAUUUUCCAUGCCAAUUUCCAGAACAUUCACUUCAAAUUUUGUCUUCUCUGAAAGCAUCUAUGUAAUACAUGUACUAUUCAAAUCAAUUGUCUACUGUAUGAUCUUUGUUUUGACAAUUUAGAGACACCAGUCCUGACAUCACAGAAAGGACUCCAUAUUUAAUUUAGUUAUGAUAGCUUGAAACUAUGUUAUCAUAUGUAGCUAUUUGUCCCACCAAGAACCACACAGUAGACAAUUGAUGUAAGAUCAUUACAAGGUGUUGUUUCAGAAAUGACCAAAUUUUUACAUUUGAUGGAAAUAUUUUAUUUUGCUUUGGCUUGAAACUGGCCACAGGCUUUACAGUAACUCUAUAAAUGUUAUUUGAAUCUACUGCUUUAAUAAAUAA